CCGCCAGCGAAUCCCGUAGCAGGUGCUCCCACGCGCGAGUUUUAUUUUAUUUUUUGUGUGGCCACGCAGUUUCCGUCAGAUAGACUCACCGUCAGUCCGGCAAGAUGGCGCCCAUUUCCAUUGCAGACAUCGUGGCCGCCCUCCCAGCGGAGGACACCUGGGGCCCCGCCACGUCCUCGAACAAUAUGCUCCAGGGCGUUCCUUUCGCUCCCUUCUCCAAGGGCGACAAGCUUGGCCGCAUGGCCGACUGGACUGCCGAGUCCAAGGACCGUGACAGGCAAGGCAGACAGGGCUACAACCGGAACUUCAGAGACCAGCAGGUCUACGGUGCCGGCGCGUCUAGCCUGUUCGCCAUCCAGGCUGCCGAAGACGAGUCGUCUUUCUCCGUUGUCGACAACACCCGUUCUUCCGCCAAGCGGACCUUUGGCCGUGGUGGUGGCACUGUCUUCCGCGGUCGCGCUCAGCGCGGUGGUGCUGGCCAGAGAGGUGGUCGGGCUGGCUUCCAGAGAGUCGGAGGUGCGGGCCGUGGCCAGACCAACGACCGCUACUACGACAACCGGGGUGCUCGCAGCAACCGCGGCCGCCGUUUCGGAUGGAAGGACUAUGAUAAGCCCCAGAGAACCCGGGAACCGUCAGUCAACAUCCGCCCCGACUGGAACAUGCUGGAGGAGGUUGACUUCAGCCGGCUGUCCAAGCUUAACCUGGAGGCCCCCGAGGGCGAGGACGUCGACUCGUACGGUUUCACCUACUACUACGACCGCUCCUACGACAAGGCCCCUGUCAAGGGUGCCGAGCGCCGCCUCCAGGCUCUGGAGCGCGCUGCGUACAAUGUCACCACCUCUCAGGAUCCUGUGAUCCAGGAGCUCGCCGAGAAGAACGAGGCGACGAUUUUCGCCACCGCGGAUAUCCUGUCGAUGCUCAUGUGUGCUCCCCGCAGUGUGUACUCGUGGGAUAUUGUCAUCGUCCACCAGGGCAACAAGAUUUUCUUCGAUAAGCGCGAGGGUGCUUCCCUCGACCUGGUGACCGUCAACGAGAACGCCGCCGAUGCGCCGCUCGAGGCGUCCGAGUCCGGCAACAAGCAGGAUUCCAUCAACACCCCCAGCGCGCUGGCCAUGGAAGCCACCUUCAUCAACCACAACUUUGCUCUGCAGACCGUCAUUGAGUCGAACGAGGCCAAGGUGGAGCAGAGCAACCCCAACCCCUUCUACAACGCCAGUGAGGAGACCGAGGCCCUCGCGUCCAAGGCCUACAAGUACCGCCGGUUCGACCUGUCUCUGGAGCGUGACGAGGAGCCGGUGCACAUUGUCGUGCGGACCGAGAUCGACGCCUCGCUCAAGAACCCGACCGGCGGGCCCGACCAGCAGAUCAUCGUCAAGGCGCUCAACGAGUUCGACAGCAAGGCCCAGGGCUCCGGCGGCGCCCUCGACUGGCGCAGCAAGCUCGUCUCGCAGCGUGGUGCCGUCGUCGCCACCGAGAUGAAGAACAACAGCUGCAAGCUUGCCCGCUGGACCACCCAGGCCAUCCUCGCCAAGGCCGACGCCAUGAAGCUCGGCUUCGUCUCGCGCGCCAACCCGCGCUCCGCCGCCAACCACGUCGUCCUCGGCGUUGUCGGCUACAAGCCCCGCGAGUUCGCCGCCCAGAUGAACCUCAACCUCGGUAACGGCUGGGGUAUUGUCCGUACCAUCGUCGACCGCAUCCGCACCCUCCCCGCCGAGGCUGACGCCGAGGAAGACGCCGCCCAGGACAAGGUCCGCAAGUACGUUCUCGUCAAGGAUCCCAACCGCUCCGUUCUCCGUCUCUACAGCGUCCCCGCCAACACCUUCGAGGACGAUGAGGAGGACGACCUGGCCGCCGGCGACAAGGAUGAGGACAAGGAGGAUGCCGAGGAGGAGUAAACCCCCGAUAUUCCUCAUCUCCUGGAUUCCCCUGCAUAAUGUCAUGAUUUGUUUUUCUUUUUUCUUUCUGUCUAUGACGUGCAUAGUUUUGAAAAAGUCUUAGAAUGAUGAAAUUAUCUUGAAUCGUGUGCUGCUGUCAAGCCGUAAUUAUAUUCUUGAAGCCGAAUAGAAAAUAAAAAUAUUCAAUCGCAGGCAACUUAAACUGCACCUGACAUUGACUAAUGAUGUUACGAG